AUGUCGCAGCCGGUCAAGUCCGCCGCGGCCAAGGUCGCUCAGGCCGCGUCCUUCAAGAAGUACACGGUGCAGCCCGAAGGCAUCUGGGCGCGCAUCAGCAACGUCCUCGCCGUCGACCCGAAGCGCAGCACCGGCGUGCCGCUGAACCCGCAGUUCCGCAACCCGCCCCCGGGCGCGCUCGACCCGGCCUCGUACGACGACCCGGUGACGGUGCCGGCGGGCGACAUCGCCGACAACCCGUACUGGAAGCGCGACACGCGCCGCAGCUACCCGCGCCUGGCCUCGGUCACCCAGGGCGACGUCGUCGGCCUGCUGAGCGUGGGCAGCGCCGCCGCCGAGAAGGUCGAGCUGAUCGGCGAGGCCGGCAAGAACAAGCUCGUCGCCGUGAGCGAGGAGGGCCAGAAGGGCGUGGCUGCCUUCUUUGAGAAGGAUCCGGCCGCCGCGAAGAGCGUUUUGAACGCGGACGGUCUGCCGCCGCUGCCGAGUGGCCACCACACGUCUGGCAAGCUGGGCGAGAAGAAGUACAAGUUGGAGGAGGAGCAGUCGUAUGCGGGAGCGUGCGAUGAACACCGUGAUCUUGUGCAGCAUGUUGGAUUUCUGCAGAGCCGCGAAUGGAUAAUGAGAUACGUGGUCAAAGCCGGGCAGCGCUCACAUAGUGUGUGCUCUGUUGGAAGUGGUCACAUUGUGUCUCGCUUCUGCCUGACUGGGAAGGAACUGCGUUUGGCAGGUACUCGAAGUAAACACGCUUCAGGGUCCACGUCGCGUCGACCGCGCCCUCUCCCACCUCGCUGCGACUGCGACCCUCAAGGUUCGGCUAUGGCGCUUUCACAAAGUGUGGGACAAUUUCCGGGUGCUCUGGAUGUUAUCUUCACCUGCGACAUCUGCCAGGCCAGUAUCUCCGACAUCUACGGCGAAGGUGGUCCCGGCGCGACUGUGACAGACUUUCAGGAUGGCCGACCUCCCACCGCAGAUCGACGCGUUACCUGCCUCUGGCUCACUCAGUGCAUGCACCUGACAUGUGGCAAGCAUCUCGAGGGCGGCGGGGCGCCAUUUCAUCCGAAGGGCCAGCAUCCCAAAGCUCCAUGCCCACUGUGCCGCAGGGACAAGAAUGACGAGAGACCAAGGACACUGUACGCUGUGCGAGGCUUGAGACCUGGCAAUUUUGAUCCCGAUAUACCACACGAAUUGUUCCAAGUACCACCGAUGAAACUUCAAGGCCAGAGCGUGGAGAGGGAAGCUUUGCAGUUCCAAUACCUCUCCCUCAUCCGUUUUGCCACAUCCAUAUCCCAUAGACAUAACGAGCUGCAGCAAGAGAAGCGCGAGAUCGAGUCACAAGCAAAGAAGCUUGCUUCCGAGAAUGCAGCAACGACCACGGAGAAUAGAGAGCUCAAGGCUAAGCUCUUGUCCCUCGAGAAAGAUAACACGGAUAUUGGAAAAUGGAGGCAGAGGCUUCCGAAGAUUACGCACUACCUGAAGCAGUGGCCGAUGGUCAUGCAGGAAGUAAACCAGCUGCGGGAACAGCUUGCUGACUUGGGCUAUGCGGUGCCCAAAAAAGACUAUACUUUCCGCGACGCGGUGGAUGACAAGUAUGAGCGGACGGUAGACUCAAAUCUACCGGAGAGCACCAUCCGCGAAAGGGAAGUCUCAACAGUGAGAGCACCCACAAACCAUACACGUACCGAGUAUAGGACAGGUAGGGACCAAUUUCUCCUUUCAGAUCAUGGCAAUUUUGUAUUGACUAAACACCCUGGGUCAAAAGCACAAACCCAUAUUUCCGAGUCAAGUUCCAGUCGAAAAAGAAAGCUUUCUGAGUUGAACGCCAGCAUUGCUUCUGAAUACGAUCAACAGUGGCAGGAUCACCAUCGGAAAGACCGUGUUCCAGAUACCAGAGUAACUAUCCAAGGUCUCUUGUCUGGCCCAACAGCGAACUUGGAAAAAGUACAGAUAUCACGCGCAUCGAAUGCGUUUCCGUCAGAUCCAGCAGAUAUCCCUGAGGCACAAGUAUUUAAGGAUGGUGAAUGGCAUACAAACCCCAAUAGAGAAGCGCGUCAACGUAUUUCGCAUACGCCGAAGCCUCGAGUCUUGCCAGAGAACUGCGGCAAAUACCUCAUGACCGGAGGUUUGGCUCAUUCCACGGAUCGUCUGCAAAACGCUAUGGGAAACAAAACCCAUUCACAAGAAGACCAGCGUCACGGUAUUCUACAUGCGCAUGGGGUGGGAGAUACCUACGAGGAUGAAACGGCAUUCCAUGUUUACGAUAGGCAACCAGAAACCAUUCGGCAACCCGUGUUCAGGCGAAUGCACGAUCGAACUACAUUCGCAAAUCCCUCAACGUCUCAGGUAAACCAGCUGCCACAAAACUGGCCGACCAUCCAGAAGCCCGAUGUUGGAAACGAGCAGUUGAGGGAAUUGGGGCUCUCGACGCAUGCAAAAAAGCCGGAGAGGUGUCAGAAUAUCAACCAUGGAUCUGCAACCCCAUUGACAAGGACACAUCAAGCCUCUGGAAUGCCAUCAGUCAGGCAAAAUUCAAGUCCAUUCUUCUCGAGAGUGCGAGGAGGAGCUCGCUCCGGCUUGAGCCCUGGUGUAGCAGGUCUAUCUGCAAACGCUCGCGUGGGUACUGUAUCUAAGAGAACCAAUGCGCCAAUGCCUCCUCCAAACAAAUGGUCUCAGCCGCGUGGUCUCAACGGCCUUUCCUUCAUCGACGCCCCACGAGAUCAGUCUCAAAGCCAGCCGCUGUAUCAGGCCAGCAAUAUGUGGCCACCACAGAGAAAUAUCACCGACCGCCCUUUCAUGGCACAUAACCCCCAACGAACCCGCGAUGGUUACUUCGUGCGUCCGGAGCAACCUCGACUUUCUUCUUCAUACUUUGGUUCUGUUCCCCAACUUCAGCCAGCAGAGCCAUUUCAGACACCGCGCAUGCAGUCAAUACCUCAAUACGCUCCGCCAAUCUCGUCCCGAAGGAAUUUUACUCAGAACGAUGCGCUCAACUUAGUCGAGAACUCAAGCCAUCAGGCGCCUGCAUCGUUCUAUCAAAAUCAGGAAAAUGGGACGGGCUUUAGUAACAUUGCGAGCCGUCAAGUUACGGAAGACCGGGGCCUCUUCUCAUCUGCAGGCGGGAGGCGUGCUGUCAGGAGGUGA